UGUUCUCAUCAACGGCCAACCCCUCAAUUCGGCGACGGUCGAAUUGGAUGUUGCUCCCAUGUCGCCAAUGUCAGUCCCAGAGCCAUCGCAGCCUCCUACCACGACGCACGAGUCCGCCGGACUGGCACACAACGUUUAUGCCACCGACAGCGUUUCGACAUUUUCACUAAUGGAUACGCCAUCAGCAAACAGCGGACCUGCUGGCGAUGGCCACGCCCACAGUGCUAGUCAAAGCAAUAUGCUGCCGUCAUUCGAGCACAAUUCGUCAACCAACCAGAGUGGUUUCUGGCCUGAUGAAGUCACCCGAAAUUACAGUGAGGUGCUCAAGGAUCUACUUGGUUCGACAAUGGCAUCGCCGGUAGCCUUCGAUGGUUUCAGUCAGACUGACAAAACCUUUUGGGAUGCAUUCAUGGAAGGCGACGAGCAGUUCAUAGACAUUAAUGACAUCCCUCUGCUGGAUUUACAACCUUGCACUAUGGAUUCCGCGGAUGCGCGAGCGCCUAAGCCACGCGGAGAUGAGCGUGAUAGUUCAUUUGAUUGCGUGGCAUCUGCAGCGGCAAGCCAGGCAUUCAGAUCCUCCGGCUGGGAUUGGGGUCCAACUCGUGGAGACAGCACUUCGGCAGAAAUAACAAACCUGAUUCUCCCUUCAGCAUGCAAACCUGAUACAACCGGAGUUCAUGCACAAAGGCAUAUGCCUCCCAUCCUGGGAUCUGAGGACCGCGACAGGCUACUAUCACUGCUCUUGCACCACUGCAUCAAGGAGCAAUGGAUCCGCAUUGCGCCCAAGUUUCCCUCAGAAUUGUUCUUGGAUCAGAUACUACGCCAGUUUUUUGCUUCACAGCGGCUCGAGACGGUUCCCUGGUUUCACAUUCCUUCGUUCCGGCCAGAUCUUCUGAGAGAUGAGUUGUUGGCAGCUAUAGUCGGCAUAGGGGCAAGUUUUACCCGACAUGAACCAGUUCAACGCUUCGGUUACGCAAUGCCUGAAAUUCUGCGAAACGCUGUCAUCGAAUGUUGGACUACGGACAACACUACGUCGAGAGACAUACAGCUACUUCAAGCAUGGCUAACCCAGGCUGAGCUCUCUAGCUGGAGCGGCAAUAAGCGCCAAAUGGAGAUCGGAGAGAGUAAUUAUCAACAGGCCGUCACAAUCAUCAGACGCGCUCGCUGGCUGCGACGAGACCAGUAUCGAGUUAUCCGUCCAGAACCAUCCGACGAAGGCGAGGCACUGGAACGCAAAUGGAAUGGCUGGGUUACCCAGGAAACCAGAAAAAGAUUCAUCUACCGAGCCUUUGUCUUCGACGCUGAGUUGUCCAUGAACAAUCACGUGAAUUCUCUAAUGUCAUAUGCGGAGAUGCGCAUUCCUUUUCCAGAUCCAGAUCCAUUGUGGUGGGCUGCGACAGCUGAGGACUGGAAGAGGGAAUACAAUAACCACGCUGAGCACAUUCUGGAUGCUCCUUUGACACUUGCAGACACGGUGCGGUUGGUACUCGGCGAAUCCCCCACAGACCUAAACCUACAGUCCUGCCACUACACCCUCUACGGAUUCUGGGGUUUAGUCUGGGAGCUUUUGCAAUUAUACGAGACAACACAAUCGGAUGGUUCAGGGACUAUUGGAAUUAUGCCUAAGAACCCCAGUGUGAUGAUCUUGGUAGGUCGCGAGGCCCUCACGAAAUCUUUGUAUACACUCCGCGUCAUGUUAGAAUCAUUGGCCACAGACCAAUCUGCCUCGACCACGGGGCCCAUGCUGGUGUUGGAGUAUCUGAGCAUGGUGUUGCUGGUGCCGCUUCAGGGACUCCAGUCCUUUGCAGGUCGAGACGGCGAACGGGAAGCCAGACGGGUUUAUCCCGCACUGCAGGAGUGGGCACAAACUCGAGAAGCACGAGAAUCCAUUUGGCAUGCCGGCCAAAUUUAUAAGAUUGCCGAUACCCUCUCGAAUCGGAGUUUACGAGGCACAUGCGUCUUACUCAUAUACCAGGCGAGCAUCACCUUAUGGGUCUAUGGAGUCAUGGCCAAGGCUCGUAGGCGUCGCGAUCGCUCUGACACACUCGGAGGAAGGGCUGUGGACCAUGGUAAACUAAUCUGGUUGAAUGGCGAAGACCUAAGUGUGGUUCGGAGGUUUAUCGCGUCGUCAGAAUGUGUACCUGCACUACAUGCUGUCGAGAGUGAGCCUGGGACCUUUUCUAAUUCAGCAGACCAAGAGCCAGUUUGUUUGGUGGAAGACGCCGACGUCACUAUGCGCGUUGCAAUCGAAAUACUGAAAAAAGCACUAAGUCGGCGCGGCGAGGCACAGCAUGCAAUUGUUGGAAGCAUCACUCGGUUGAUGUUAGAAUUAGCCAAGGUUGCAGAGACACUGUGAGCUCGAACUUCAGUCAUGCAUGAGUGCCAGCCACAUUGCCGUGUCGAAAUGCA